AUGAAUGUUCGACAUGACUGGAUAAAUCGCUCAGCUUUAAUAUCCCCUCGACAACACUUUGGCGGAAAAAGCUCUCGUCAGUGGACUGUAAAACUGGCUAUGGCUUCAGCAACAAAAGAAGAUAAGCAAGGUUCUUCUGCUAAAAGUGUUGCUGUGAUUGGUGCUGGUGUUAGUGGGCUUGCUGCAGCUUACAAGCUGAAAUUGCAUGGCUUAAAUGUCAAAGUAUUUGAAGCUGAUGGGAGAUCUGGAGGAAAGUUACGAAGCAUUUCACAAGAUGGUUUGAUAUGGGAUGAAGGGGCAAACACUAUGACUGAGAGUGAGGCAGAAGUUGGGUUUUUGCUCGAUAAUCUUGCACUUAGGGAAAAACAGCAAUUUCCAAUUUCACAGAACAAGCGGUAUAUUGCAAAAAAUGGGGCUCCAACAUUGAUACCAUCAGAUCCCAUUGCGUUGAUCAAAAGCAAUUUUCUUUCUGCGGGUUCAAAGCUUCAUAUACUUUUGGAGCCAUUUCUGUGGAAGAAGAAUAACCUCCCGAAGGUGUCUGACUCACCAGAAAGUGUUGGUGCUUUCCUCCAGCGUCAUUUUGGUAAAGAGGUUGUUGACUACCUUGUUGAUCCUUUUGUUGCCGGAACAAGUGGUGGAGAUCCUGAAUCUCUUUCUAUGCGACAUGCAUUUCCAGAGUUGUGGAAUCUUGAGAAAAGGUUUGGCUCAAUCAUAUCUGGUGCUAUUCUGUCUAAAUUGUCUGCAAAAAAGGGAACUCCUGAAGGAUCAAAGGGCUCUUCAGCUAAUAGAAAGCAUAGACGUGGGUCUUUCUCAUUUAUUGGUGGGAUGCAGACACUUACUAAUGCAUUAUGCAAUGAACUUGGCAAAGAGGAACUUCAACUUCAUUCUAAGGUGCUGGAAUUAUCUUGUAGCUGUGGGGAGAACUCUCCAUUAGAUAACUGGUCAGUUUCUUACGAAAGGGACAGGAGAAAGCUCUUAGAUGAGAAAUCCUUUGACGCUGUGAUAGUUACGGCUCCCCUUUCCGAUGUUAAAGGUAUGAAGAUUAUGAAAAGAGGAAGCCCGCUUCUGCUUGACUUCAUUCCUGAGGUUAGUUAUUUACCACUAUCUGUUAUAGUCACCACCUUCAAAAGAGAGAAUGUUAAGCAACCCCUUGAAGGUUUUGGAGUUCUUAUACCUUCCAAAGAACAACAAAAUGGUUUGAAUACACUGGGCACCCUCUUCUCUUCUUCAAUGUUUCCAGAUCGUGCGCCGCACGAUGUACAUCUUUAUACUACUUUUGUUGGAGGAAGUCGAAAUAAAGAACUUGCAAAGGCUUCAAGAGAUGAAUUGAAGCAGAUAGUGACUUCUGAUCUCAGACAGUUGUUAGGUGCAGAGGGAGAACCUGCAUAUCUGAAUCACUUCUACUGGAGUAAAGCAUUUCCUCUGUAUGGGAAAAACUAUGAUUCAGUCAUCAAAGCUAUUGACAAGAUGGAACGAGAUCUUCCAGGAUUUUUCUAUGCAGGUAAUCACAAGGGUGGAUUAUCAGUUGGCAAAGCAGUAGCGUCUGGGUGCCAAGCAGCUGAUCUAACAAUAAAGUCGGAUAAAAAGCAUGCUGUUUGCGGGAUCGUGAGAGUGAUGACCAGAACAUGA